AUGGCAAUUGAAUUACACACUGAAAUAUCCAUCUCCCCCGGAAUCAGUCCUCGAAUCUCAUUCUCACACGAUCUAAAAUCCUCAACCGGUUCAAUCCCCGUCGAACCUCCCCACAUUCACUCCGAUUUACGUCUCCUAGACUCAACUGCCUCGGAUUUCGUAUUCACCGUCACCAAUUCUUUUUCCCAUAAAUUCUCUUCGGCUGACGAACUCUUCUCAGACGGAAAGAUCAUUCCGUUGGAGAUAAAAAACGUUAUCUCUAACGAAAAGACCCUUCCGUUAAAAAAGAAUCCAUCACCUGAUAAAUUCUUCGAGUCUCUUCCAAAAACGAAGAGGCUCAAAGAAUUCUUAUCAGAUGAAACUGACAACGAAGAAGAGAAACCAACGUCAACAUCAGCGUCAUCCAAACAUUUCUGGCAAUUCAAAAGAAGUAGCAGUUUGAACAUCGAUACAUCUCGACGAAGUAGCUUGAUCCGAUCACUACAAUUCCUGUCAAGGAGCAAUUCAACAGGUUCAGCACCGAAUCCAAAGCAAACACAGAAGCAAAAUUUGCAGAAACAAUCCUCUGUUUCAAGCAGUAGAAGAUCUUCGUCUUCAUCUUCAACUUCGAGUACAUAUUAUUUCUAUAAUUCAUCAUCAUUGAAGAAAUGUUCUAGUAAUGGUGUUAGAAUUAGUCCUGUUUUGAAUCUACCUCAAAGUUAUAUUCCUAAAGCUACUGCAAGUUUUUUUGGAUUUGGUUCAUUGUUUUGUAAAGGAAAAAGUAAGAGAAAAAAGAAAUAG